AUGAAACACUGCACGGGAAGUGAGGCUUUGAUGGCAAAGCAUCUCAGCUCACAGGCCUGUGGUAUCAUCACAAAACCGCGAUACGCCGAAGUAGAUGCGGGCACGCUUAUCCCUUUCCUAUUUGCUAGUUUCUUCUUCUCAGUUAGGAUCACAUCUAAGGCGAUGCAUCUGGGAGGUGGAUGGGGUGCUGACGACUAUACCAUAUCUGUGGCAUAUGAUAGAGUGCUAACCACCUAUCUAGUGAUCCAUUAUGGCUUUGGCAAAAACAUAUGGGACGUUAUUCCACAAGAAGAUUUAACAAUAGCAUUCAAGGUCUUCUUCGCAUACGUCUUGGUAUAUAAGUCUCUGAUAUCCCUCGCAAAGAUAUCUGUCGGUUUCUUCCUGCUGCGAAUCUUCAGGUCAACUCCUUUCCGUUACGCUACAUAUAGUAUUAUUGCACUCAAUGCGGCAAUUGGAAUUACAUGGAUACUAGUUGAUGCUUUCCACUGUGUCCCCGUCCAUCUAGCGUGGACCUCAUGGAAGAUGGAGGAGACAGGCACUUGCAUCAACUUCAUGACCUCAACCUAUGUCAACGGGUUUGUCAAUAUCGCUGUUGACACUGUCAUGGUAACGAUGCCAAUAUACGAGGUCGUCAAGCUGAAACUAUCCCGCCGCAAGAAGGUAGGGGUUGCAGUGAUGUUCGGAAUGGGUCUACUAUUGACGGCCAUUGGAAUUGCACGAGUGAUUAUCCUGUUCCAGCAUGAUCCCACUACAAAUCCUACCUAUGAAAUGGCACCGCUAAACUACUGGUCCAUGAUCGAAUGCCAGAUAGCUAUUGUCUGCGCGUGCCUACCUGCCAUACGGACACUGCUCAUCCACUACGUUCCCGAAGUAUUUGGCCAAACCACGGAGGCUGCGUCUCAAAAACGACUGAAUGCUUCUUCUACUGGCAACUCCAAGGGAGAGGAGUAUACCUCCAACUCCACCUUGGUUGAAUCCGGGGAUGGCUACAUUUCCAAAACCAUUUCAUAUUCGGUGAACACUACGAUAAAAUCCGAGAACAGCCCGACGGAGCCAUCCAUAAAUCUUGUCCAGGUUGAUCGAAGAAGAGUAUGA